CACAUAACACAUCAAUUUCGACCUUCCCUUUGCUUCUCUUUGCAUCUAAGCCCCUCGUUUUGCUUGGCUUUUCCUUUUACACUUUCCAAGCUUCUCUCUCUUUCAGUACCUUCUUUGAGGAAAAUGUUAUCACCAUAAAUCAAGCCAAUCAAAGUGAGGAAAUUAAACCAAAGAGAUCGAGUUGUUGAGUUUUUUUUUGGUCAUAUCACUCAUAUGGGCUCUGCAAGCAAUAAUAACCAAUAUCCAUGGCCACCAUAUGAGACUUUCAAAGACUGUUCUCAAGGAAUUUGCAGCAUCUACUGCCCACAAUGGUGUUACAUGAUCUUUGCUCCUCCGCCACCUUUCGAGUUCGGCGACAGCUCCGAGGAGAGCACCGGUAUAAACUUCUCUCCUCUUAUUAUAGCCCUAAUAGGCAUUGUUGCAAGUGCUUGUAUCCUUGUCACGUACUACUCCAUCAUAUCCAAGUAUUGCCGGCGACGAGCCGGUGCUUCUGCUAGGGAUAUUGACAGGGAGGCGAAUCCGGCUAGUGAAUCGUGGCAGGGCUCUGACACUGGUAUGGAAGAGUCACUGAUCAAGUCCAUCAAGGUUCACAAGUAUAAGAAGAAUGAUGGGGUGGUAGAAGGCACAGACUGUUCUGUUUGUUUGAGUGAGUUCCAAGAAAAUGAAAACUUAAGGCUAUUGCCAAAGUGCAGCCAUGCUUUUCAUGUUCCUUGUAUUGAUGCUUGGCUCAAGUCUCACUCUAGUUGUCCGCUUUGUCGGUCCAAUAUUGCUGCUUCUGCUAUUGCUUUGGUGCCUCAACACCAUAAUCAUCAGCAAGUAUUGCCUUCUGUUGAAGAAAAUCCACAGCAGGAGCUGAUCAAUCAAUACCAGCAUACAAGUGGUGGAAGUGUCUUGGUGGUUCAAGAUAGGGAAGAAGAGGAUUUUCGUGUUCAAAAUAAUGAGAUCCAUAGAUUAAGGAGAUCAGUUUCUUUGAUUGAGGUGGUGAAUUUACAUGAUGGUGAAGAUGAUGAGGACUUGGAAAACCAGAUGGAGCAUUUCCAGUUUUCUAUGGAUCAAAGCGAGCAAUUUUCUAUGCAGAAUUUCGAGUUUUCUAUGGAAACAGGGUCCUCAAAAGAAGCUGUGUUUGGGGAACAGAAUUCAAAAUUCAAUAAUAUUAGAAGUGGAGUUUUCAGCAUGGUAAAGGGUCCUCUUGGGCUGAAGAGAUCUAUUUCAACAGGGAGAUUUGGGUUCACAAGGUAUGCAAAGGAAAAGAGCUCUGUUAUUCCCAAUUAACUAAAACCAUUAUUGGAUUUAAUUGUUUCCCUUGUCCAUAUUAUGUAUACAAAAAGAUAGACCCUGGAUGUUAAUCCGAGACUACUUGACUAUGAACUCGUAGCUUUGUGGUUUACUUGAAAAGGUAUAGACUGUAGAAACUCUUCUGCAAAAUACUAGUGCCUUGGCUAAAAUGAUGUCUAUUGUCCAAUCUCAUUUGUUUUUCUAUGUUGCACUGCCAAAUAUUGUAUCUAAUUUGUUA